GCGAGAGUCUGUUAGCAAUGGAUGGAAGAGACGUGCCAUGGCUCUGGGCAGCCUCCUGCUCCUGAUGCUGCCCUGGCUGGUCACUGCAGGGAGAGCUGCUACCCCUGGGUGCAAGAUCCGGAUCACCUCCAAGGGCCUGGAGCUGGUGAAGCAGGAAGGGCUGCGCUUUGUGGAGCAGGAGCUGGAGCACAUCAGCAUCCCUGACCUGCACGGGAAGGAAGGGCAGUUCCAGUACAACAUCAGCGGGGUGAAGGUGACGGACCUGCAGCUGGCGCUCUCCAACCUGCACUUCCGGCCCCCGCAGCACCUCGCCUUCAACAUCAACAACGCCUCCAUCAGCCUGCGCUUCCGGCGCCAGCUGCUCUACUGGUUCUUCUACGAUAUUGGCUCCAUCAACGCCUCUGCCGAAGAUGUCAACAUCCGCACCCGGCUGAAGCUGUCCAUGGACAAGGUCGGGCGCCUCAAGAUCUCCAACAUAUCCUGUAACGCCUCCAUUGCCAGGAUGCAGACUGGCUUCACGGGCACACUCAGGAAGGUCUAUGAAUUCCUGUCUACCUUCGCCACCACAGGAAUACGCUUCCUUGUCAACCGGCAGAUCUGCCCAGCGCUGCGCUACGCGGGGCUUGUGCAGCUGAACUCGCUGCUGGACACCGUGUCGGUGCGCAGCCCGGUGGACGAGCACAUCAGCAUCGAUUACUCCCUCCUCAGCAGCCCCGUCGUCUCCCCUGACACCCUCGAUCUGGACUUCAAGGGCAUGUUCUACUACCGGUGGAACGAGACGCUGGCGAACCAGGCGGUGGCACCAGUGAUCAAGGAGACGGAGCGCAUGGUCUACGUGGCUUUCUCCGAGUACUUCUUCAACUCUGCCAUGGAUGCCUACUACCAGGCGGGGGUGCUGAGCAUGGAGAUUGCAGGGGAGGAGGUGAGGAGGGACGGGGUG